CCCCCAAGCGUCGCUGAUCAGUCCCGCACCGCGGAGCUGUCUGCCGACCAGGUGCUGAAAGGCACGAUUGAUUUUAUACCCAUUUACUGGAACCGAUCGACACGUCUUGGAUUUCAUACGAAUCAACUCUAACUGGAAGCAAUUGACAUGUUAUGGACAUUUACUGAAGACAGGAGGUGAUGCAAUAGAAAGAUCCUAUUUAUGAAAAUGGUGCUGUUCAACACCAGGCUGGACCGGAUUAUUUUUGGAAUCUUUUCUUCCACAAGUGCCUGAAGACAACAGGCUGUAAAAACUCUACAUUCAGGCAGUGGCUAGAUGUGACCUACAAAUGGCGAAAAUCUGCACCGAGCAUUCGUACCCGGGCCAGCACGGGCUGUGGGUCGGCACCCCAGAGGACGAUCUUGACUGCGUGGAGAAUGGCAUCAGCAGGGCGACCUCUCUCUGCGACGACACCUCUUCUGAUGUCCAAGGAAUUUCCUCACUGGCCACCAGCAGACUUCCAGAGUCCCACAGAAGCUCCUUCACAGGUUCUGGAGCCAUGGCAAGGCUCUCCCACUUAAUGUUCAUGUUGAGGAGCUGGGCUUCCCAUACGUUAACCCAGGAAGCAGAAAGACCAGACUCCUUCCUGGAACGAUUCCGCGGCCCUGAGCUCAAGGAAGUCUCCAGCCGAGGAAGCCAGGCUCAGUCAUCCGCUGGCCACCCAGGCGGACCUCGGAAGAGGAAUCGUAUCAGUCAUUGGCCACUGGCUGUUCUCAAUGUCAACAACUGUAACAACACAGAUAACAAAAAGGAAGACAAGAAAGAAACAAUAAAAGGAGAGAAAAAAGACGGAGAUAAAAAGGAUGAGAAGAAAGAUGAAAAGAAGGAAGAGAAAAAGGAUGAGAAGAAAGACGAGAAAAAAAAGGAGGAGCCGCCGAAAGGGGUAUGGAUCAUGGACCCAGCAACAGACUUGUACUACAGGUGGCUCACCAUCUUUGCGGUUCCCGUGAUGUACAACCUGAUGAUGCUGAUAACCAGGGCCUGUUUCAAUGAACUCCAGGAGAGUUUCACCACACUAUGGAUUGUUGUAGAUUACUCCUCUGAUUUCAUGUACCUCACUGACACGUUUGUCAGAUCAAGAACAGGUUUCCUGGAACAGGGAUUACUUGUAAAGGAUGUGAAGAAACUGAGGGAGCAUUAUAGGAAAACCCAGCAUUUCAAAUAUGACAUAAUUUCAGUGCUACCGACUGACAUUUUCAUGCUGAAAGUAGGGAUCAACUUUCCAGAGCUGAGGUUCAACCGCCUCUUCAAAAUUUCAAGGCUGUUUGAGUUCUUUGAUCGCACAGAGACCAGAACUAACUAUCCCAACAUUUUCAGAAUCAGCAAUCUUGUGCUUUACAUUCUCAUCAUUAUCCACUGGAACGCUUGCAUUUUCUUUGCCAUCUCCAAGGUCAUUGGCUUUGGUACAGAUACCUGGGUAUAUCCCAACAUCAGUCACCCUGAGUAUGGGCGGCUGUCCAGGAAAUACAUUUACUGCCUGUACUGGUCCACGCUUACCCUAACCACCAUAGGAGAAACACCGCCCCCUGUCAGAGAUGUGGAGUACCUCUUUGUAGUGUGUGACUUUCUCAUUGGUGUGUUGAUUUUUGCAACCAUCGUUGGUAAUGUCGGUGCCAUGAUCUCCAAUAUGAACGCCUCCCGUGCAGAGUUCCAGGCCAAGAUUGACUCCAUCAAGCAGUACAUGCAAUUCCGGAAGGUCACCAAGGACCUAGAGGCCAGGGUGAUCAAAUGGUUUGACUACCUGUGGACUAACAAAAAGACUUGUGAUGAGAAGGAAGUGCUGAAGAACCUGCCAGACAAGCUGAGGGCUGAGAUUGCCAUCAACGUGCAUCUUGACACGCUGAAGAAGGUGCGCAUCUUCCAGGACUGCGAGGCUGGCCUGCUCAUCGAACUGGUGCUGAGAUUGCAGCCGCAGGUUUUCAGCCCUGGGGACUACAUCUGUAAGAAGGGUGACAUAGGCAGAGAGAUGUACAUCAUAAAGGAAGGCAAGCUGGCUGUGGUUGCCGAUGAUGGAGUCACACAGUUUGUGGUGCUAAGCGAUGGUGCCUACUUCGGUGAGAUCAGCAUUCUGGGGAUCAAGGGAAGUAAGGCAGGGAACCGAAGAACUGCCAACAUCCGGAGCGUGGGCUACUCUGACCUCUUUGCCCUUUCCAAGGACGACCUGAUGGAGGUACUCACCGAAUACCCAGAGGCCAAAAAGGCUCUGGAGGAAAAAGGGAAAGCAAUCCUAAUGAAAGACAACCUAAUCGACGAGGCUGUAGCCAGCGCCGGGGCAGACCCCAGGGACCUGGAAGAGAAGAUCAUCCGGCUGGAGAUCAACCUGGAUGUCAUGCAGACCAAACUGGCCAAACUCAUGGCUGAGUACACAGCCAGCCAGAACAAGAUGAAGCAGAGAAUCUCCAACAUGGAAUCCAGGGUGAAAAUACUCAGGGAGGAGGAUCUCUCAGAGGUUGUUGAAGACAAGAAGACUAAGUAAUUUCAUGUACAGUGUUACUAUACAUCUCCAGUGUUACUAUACAUCUCCAGCACAGCAGCGGUGUUACAAGAGUUUCAUCCCUACUGCCAUAGCUGUAGAUAACUGACCACAUUCAUUUUGUACCCAUCAAAUCUCUGCUACUAAUUGUGUGUAUAUUGUGUGUAUAUGUUUAUGUGUGCAUUUAAUGUAUUUGGGUCUAACGUGUUUAACAUGUCAGAGGCCUGUAAUGUACUUUGUUUGUAUUGCAACAGACUGUGAAGACAAAUAUCCUAAUAGGACUAUAAAGGAUAUCUAUCUAUCUAUCUAUCUAUCUAUCUAUCUAUCUAUCUAUCUAUCUAUCUAUCUAUCUAUCUAUCUAUCUAUCUAUCUAUCUAUCUAUCUAUCAUACAGAUGUAUUUUUGUAAAACAUUUUGCAUAAAUCUCAUAAGGUAGUCUGAGGCUUUAAAAAUUGUUUAUAAGGAUAAAUUUGUGUAAUACGUCAUUUUUGGUUUAAAAAUCGAUCUUUAUACAUGUCAUCUUUAAAUGUUUAAUGUAUAAAUAGACAGCCUCCAUUGUGUAUACAGGAAUGUACAGCUGUCAUGGAAGAUCUGGCUACGGAAUAAAUAUCUUUGUCUGCACAGAUGAUGAUGCUAAAGGAACUGUUGACAUCAACUGAGAAUAUGCUAUUCCUAGCAGGAAGCAGGGACACUGGAGGGGCAUGGAUACCCUGGCAGAUUCAGGGGGCCCAGCACUUUACAGGAGCCCCCAGUGGACAUUUAUGGGUCUCCCCUGCCCAGCAAAUUCUACCCGCUGAUUCAUCCAUGUUUCUUCAGAUUGAAAAUCCCAGUUACGCCCCAGGCAACAACAUCACGAGACACGCUGACAUGGAUAAAUGCUGUCUCUGCAUGCAAUGAAACCCCGUAGUUUGCGUAGUUGAUCUCAAGCCACAUUAAUUGUACAGGCAUAUCGGAGGGCGAUCACAAUUUGCAGGCUUUAACAUCAUGCACCAGCACAAAUAACCCUUUGCUGGAAAGGAAGAGACUCUCUCCACAGGCCGAGUGACAUCGGAUUAACGAUCAUGCACGUGCUGGCACUGGUGAGACUUGCUAAUUAUAGGCUGAGCAGAUUACUCUGUUUUAACAGUGACUCGAACUGCAUUUAUUUAAAUGUGCGAAAUGCACUUUAACUCAUGCAUUUAGCAUCUGAAAAUCAUUCAGAUUUCAAUAGAAACUGAUAAUACUGAAACACACAGGUUCAACUUUUAACUGAAUAUUCUUUGAAUGUAUUUAGCAUUAGAAUUUAUUAUUGCGAGCUAAAGAGUUUUGUAAGUACAUAAUGUCUAAUAUUGUGACGGAAAACAUGCACCCAAGCUAGAUAUUUCUACAUCUUUUCCUU